AUGCGGCAGCAUGGUGGCAGCGGCGCAGGGGUGGCUGCCACUCUCCCCGACGGCUGCCUGGUCGCCGUCUUCUGCUACCUCGACUUGACAGCAAGGCACCGUGCCGUGCUGUUGGUGUGCCGGCGGUGGCGCCGCCUGGUGGCCAGCAGGGAGCUGGUGCGCUGCCUGGAGCUGCACACCAGCCGCAGCUCCCCGGGACGGCUGCGCGAGCUCGGCCUGCGGGCAGCCCACCUGCCGCUGCACCUGAGCGGUCGCUGGGCCUCACAGUUGGCGGGCGGCCUGCGCACCCUGGACCUCUGCCUGCUGGAGCAGCGCGGCCAGCACGAGGUGCCGCUCACUGUCAGCGCGCCCCUCGCCCGCUUCACCGCCCUCCACUCGCUGCGCCUGGCAGCCUACGCCGUCAGGUGGGACCCCGAGGCCCGCCUGCCCACCUGCCUGACGCGGCUGGCGCUGGGGAUGGCCGGCGAUGCGUCCGGGGAGUCGGCUGGAUUCGCGCUGGGCAGCCUGCCACACCUGACUGAGGACAGUUACAUUGCGGGGGUGGCAUGGUGCAGCAAGCGGUCUUGA